UGUCCAUCUCCUGUCCACAUUCAACACAGGGUCAGCCGUCAUGGAUGGUGAUCCGGCAGUCGAGUCGCAGCUAGAUGGCUUCAGUCUGGUGCUCCCGCUUCCAUACCGUGUUGCUUUGAUCAUCGUCUUGGGUGUAUGGGCAUGGGGACUGAAUCUACAUUAUCUGCACUUGAUCAAGAUUGACGUGCCAUCCCUUAUUCGAUAUCCCGCUCGUAAUUCACCCACCGAACCUCCGCAUCACUUCUCGACAUACCGCCUUGCAACUAUCUUUACCAUUCCCCUCGCUUUCUCGCUAUUCCUCUUCUGGAUCAUCACACAUGGCAACCCUGCCUCUGUCGCAAGCUGGGAAAUACUCCCCAAUUUAUAUUUGCUCAUACUCGUACUCGCAUUCGUUCUCCCCAUCCAGCGCGCCUCUCGCAGUGGAAGAUACCGUACUCUUGCUACACUCAAGCGCAUCAGUAUAGGCGGUCUAGCCGAAGCACACGAUGGAAAAUUUGGAGAUGUUCUGAUGGCAGAUGUCUUGACGAGCUAUGCAAAAGUCAUGGGAGAUCUAUUCAUCGCCCUCUACAUGUUCUUUUCGUCAGGCAGAAGUUCGACCGAAAAGCCAGAUCGACAGGCUGGAGGUCAAUAUCUGGUGCCUUGUAUCAUUGCCAUUCCCAGCAUGAUACGUUUGAGACAAUGUUUGAUCGAGUAUUUCCGAGUCCGCAAAGCCAACAAAAAGGCUGGAGGUAUUGGUGCCCACGGAUGGGGUGGUCAACACCUGGCCAACGCUCUCAAGUACUCCAGUGCUUUCCCUGUCAUCAUCCUGAGUGCUCUGAUGCGAGGAUAUGAUCCAGCCAAGAUUGGCAUGUCCGAGACUGGAUUGUUUCGUCUAUGGUUGUUCUUCGUUUUCGUCAACUCCUUCUACUCAUUCUACUGGGAUGUCACGAAAGAUUGGGACUUGUCUCUGUUCUCAUCAACCAGAGAGAGAAAUGACCCGGAGCAUCCAUGGGCUCUCCGUCGCAAUCGUUACUUCCAUGCCAAAGAGAUGUACUAUGGUGCUAUCUGCAUAGAUCUGAUGCUGCGAUGCACGUGGAGCUUCAAGCUCUCUCCGCACUUGGACCAUUUCAAUGAUUUGGAGGGCGGCAUUUUCGUGAUGGAAUUGCUUGAGGUGCUUCGACGCUGGAUCUGGAUUUUCUUCCGCGUCGAGACCGAAUGGGUACGCAACACCCGUGGCCCUGCACCGGACGAUAUCCUCCUUGGUGACUUCUCACCCAACAAAAUAGACGAGGAUUGAUCGUGUCUUGGAGUUUCUCGUAAUGGUCGUCUUGAUAGCGUUGAAGCGUGUAUA